AUGAAAGACGAGCAUUACCACGCGCCCAAAGGUCUUGCCGCACCCUCGGCGAAAGCAAUUCCGCCUGGGUUCAAGCGCGAUGAGAGGGAGACGUUGACUGGGGGCUUCCAUUCCGAAGAGGAUGAAGUACGCGCAACGAUUGCCCUGCGCGGCCAGGGCGGACCUCGGAAAGGGCGACCUACGAACCUGCAGGUGCCCUACAAGGGUCGCCUGAGUGGAAGCGUUCGCGCCGUUGCUCAGAGGGAUAAGGCGCGAUUACGAAACGAAGAGCAGCAAGCUUUACACGCUGCAGGUAAUGCCGACCGCGCUGCCAAACAUCAGGUGGAGAAGAAGCUCAGGCGGGAAAAGUCGUACCAAGCUAUGUCACGAGCAGCACAGCGUGCUGCCCUGAAGACAGCCCAAGAAGCGGUUGAGCAGAAGCGCCUUAGCAACCGCCAGAGCGUGAAAUGGCUCCAGCCAGCCCUCGCCGCAGUCCAUGAGAAAUGGGCCGACGCACCUCUUCCAGCCGAUCCCCGACCUCUUUCAAAAGUCCUCGAGGGUGCGUCAGUGUCCAAAGACCACCCUGGUGCUGCGCCUCUGAACCGGGCCGCUCUCCGCAUCUAUGGCGGCGGUGGUGCUCUCGAGCUCAUCAUGCGCAACACGUAUUGUGACGGGUUUGCAAAGCUUCAAGCGAAUUCGUUUAAGAGCCCGGAGGCAAAGAAAGAGUGGACGGACUUUGUAGCCAGGCUACAGCCAUCUGAGUUGGUAAUGGUGAAAGACGAGCAUUGGCG